UCAGUCAGUUCGUGUUUCAUGUGUGCAUCCCCAAAGAUGUCGCAACUAUUGGCAGUCGUUUUGGGUUUUCUUGUUUGCACCAGCAAUACGUUCGCCGAAAAGGAUUGCUCGUUCAUACAUACAUUCUUAAAGAAGUACGAAAAGUUGAUCGUUUCUUUACCAUUCCACACCACACCGGUGUUUACCUUGUGUACCAACGAUACGGCCGUCAACGAAUAUCGCUUGGCAGUUCAAGCUUACCACAAUUUUACGGAUGAUCCUGCGUGCCAGAGGUAUCGUAAUACCAACCGCAUGAACGUCUACGAAACGAUCAAUGGCCAGCUCACGGCGUUAUGGGCGUCUGCUAAUUGUGAAUCGUGCGUCAACGCCCCCAACGAAACAGCAACGUUUAUGGAUUUAUCGAAUGAUCUCGACUUGUGCCUAACGAAUGCCUCCCGGAUAAACGUCUCGAAUCCGUGUACCAGUUGCGACGAGAAUUAUAUGCGCGUCCAGCAGUACUAUGGAAUGUUUGAAAAGCAUGAUACGGGCAUAUGCUUCGACGUGGAAGAUCGCAUGAACCAGACGCGACGACGCUGGUCCGGACAGUACAACUGUUGCAAAGACAAGCAGCGAUCGAUGGUAGUAUUCGGGUCAGUCGCAUCGUUCGCUUGUGCUGUCCCGUUGCUGUUCUAUUUGGUCAUGCAUCUGGUUACGGUGCGCCGAGAAGCCAAGAGACUUUUCCUGCUGAAUGCAACAAGCGACGAAGACAAUAGAACUCCCCGCCCCUCAAGCUCUCAAAACAGACAAACCGCUGGGAUUGGUGGUGAAGCUACCAGGCAGCCAGCACAGAGCAGUAAUGCAUCGCAACCGCCAACAAAUAAUCUAAAUAUCAUCGUUAGCGACCUGAUCAGCAUUCCCGACACAGAAACUAGUAACAAUGCAUUGACCGAGGAGCGAACAUCGAGAACGCACAACAAGAAUGAAGAAUUUCAGAAUGAUAACGUAAAACUGCUGAAUUAGCAGAUUAGAUUGUUGUGUACCGAGCUGCAUAUUUCCCAUUUGGUCUGUAUCAUAUCGAUAGGGCAAUAAAUACUUUUCUCG